CAUCCAGGACGGUAAGGGAGCGAGGAUGGGACGGCGCCCGCAGCUCCGGCUCGUCAAGGCCCUUCUCCUCUUGGGGCUGAACCCUGUCUCCACCUCCCUCCAGGACCAGAACUGCGAGAGCCUGUCCCUGGCCAACAACAUCUCUGGCCUGCAGUGCAACGCCUCCGUGGACCUCAUUGGUACCUGCUGGCCCCGGAGCCCUGCAGGGCAGUUGGUGGUGCGGCCCUGCCCUGCCUUUUUCUACGGUGUCCGCUACAAUACCACAAACAGUGGCUACCGGGAGUGCCUGGCCAAUGGCAGCUGGGCCGCACGUGUGAAUUACUCUGAGUGCCAGGAGAUCCUCAGUGAGGAGAAGAAGAGCAAAGUGCACUACCACGUCGCCGUCAUCAUCAACUACCUGGGCCACUGCAUCUCCCUGGUGGCCCUCCUGGUGGCCUUUGUCCUCUUUCUGCGACUCAGGAGUAUCCGGUGCCUGAGAAACAUCAUCCACUGGAAUCUCAUCUCGGCCUUCAUCCUGCGCAACGCCACGUGGUUCGUGGUCCAGCUCACCAUGAGCCCCGAGGUCCACCAGAGCAACGUGGGCUGGUGCAGGUUGGUGACAGCUGCGUACAACUAUUUCCACGUGACCAACUUCUUCUGGAUGUUUGGCGAGGGCUGCUACCUGCACACGGCCAUCGUGCUCACCUACUCCACCGACCGGCUGCGCAAGUGGAUGUUCAUCUGCAUUGGCUGGGGUGUGCCUUUCCCCAUCAUUGUGGCCUGGGCCAUUGGAAAGCUGUACUAUGACAAUGAGAAGUGCUGGUUUGGCAAAAAGCCUGGGGUGUACACCGACUACAUCUACCAGGGCCCCAUGAUCUUGGUCCUGUUGAUCAACUUCAUCUUCCUUUUCAACAUCGUCCGCAUCCUCAUGACCAAACUCCGGGCAUCCACCACAUCCGAGACCAUUCAGUACAGGAAGGCUGUGAAGGCCACUCUGGUGCUGCUGCCCCUCCUGGGGAUCACCUACAUGCUCUUCUUUGUCAAUCCCGGGGAGGACGAGGUCUCUCGGGUCGUCUUCAUCUACUUCAACUCCUUCCUGGAAUCCUUCCAGGGCUUCUUCGUGUCCGUGUUCUACUGUUUCCUCAACAGCGAGGUCCGCUCUGCCAUCCGGAAGAGGUGGCACCGGUGGCAGGACAAGCACUCCAUCCGUGCCCGUGUGGCCCGCGCCAUGUCCAUCCCUACCUCCCCKACCCGCGUCAGCUUCCACAGCAUCAAGCAGUCCACGGCUGUCUGA